AUGGCCAAAAAGGUCUUGUACGCAGCAGAGCUGUUGAUCAAAAGCGUGCUGUUAUACUGUACAGCUGCACAGCAAUGGGAGGCUAUGGGCCAGCCGGAAGUUUCCAAAUUUGGUAUGAUGCUACAACGCCACAUCUUCAAGAGGAUCACGGGGGCUGGUCUUUCAGAUGUAUGCUUGCAGGAAUGCUAUGCUGACGUCAGAUGUCAAAGUUUCAACUACGUCUUUACGCAAGACAUUUGUGAGCUGAGCAACCGAACCAAAGAGGCCAGACCAGAGGAUUAUGUUCCGAACCCUGAGAGAUUUUACUUUAAGCGAGAUUACAAAAGAGUUCCUCUCGGUUCCAAUCCUGAGCUGCCUGCGGAGACUUGCCAGGAAAUCAAAAUGAGCGAAGGAGGAGAAGUGGUCAGCGGCAAAUACUGGUUUCACACGAUUGUACCCGAGAGGACUGUUCUGGCUCCUUGUGACAUGAAAACUGAAGACGUGGACGAGUGUAAUUCAACAAUUCCCGUGUGUGACGCCAACGCCGAGUGCGAGAACACUAUCGGUUCUCACAGAUGCUCGUGCAAAGCGGGUUUUACUGGAAACGGAAAAAAAUGUGUCGACGUGGACGAGUGUACUUCAACAAUUCCAGUGUGUGACGUAAACGCCGAGUGCGUGAACACCAUCAGUUCUCACAGUUGCUUGUGCAAAGCGGGUUUUACUGGAAACGGAAAAAAGUGUGUUGAUUUCGACGAAUGUGCCAAUAAAUCGCAUGACUGUGACGUCAAUGCCUUCUGCAACAAUACCAUUGGUUCCUAUCAAUGCACCUGCAAUCCCUGGUACCAAGGAAAAGGAACAAGCUGCUAUUUUCGCGAGUUUAACUAA